UCAUCCCUCCACCUGAGAAAAACAAUGCUUCAUUUCUCGUAGAGUGAGGAAAUUAGUCGUUUGGUGCACUAAAAUAUCAUUACAGCAGAAUGGAACAAUUUGAAUAAGCGUAGGUGUAGCGUUAUUUAGAUAAAUAUACUAGGCAGUGUGCAACUGCAGAGACUGAAUGUCUCAGGGAUUACUUUGCGUGCGAGUCAGCGGAGGCUGCUUGCAGAGGAAGGGGCUGUGAGGUGUUCAAGAUGGCGGCGCCCUGUGGAGUGCAGCGACUCUGACAGGUAAACAGGUCCAUGUAUUGAGUGGUGCCUGGAGACUGUAUUGGCCGGAGGCUCAGGGAGCCCUCCAGGCAGGACACUGUGAGAGACACCCCCUCCUACCACCACCUCCCCCUCCACCACUGUCACCAUGGCGAGAGAGCAGCCCAACGUAGGGGACCUCCUCCCUCUCCUGGAGUCCUCCGACAUCCACCAACUGGAGGAGAUUAAAGGCCUUAUCAAUGAGCAUCUCAGCACUGAGCGAGGGGCCAUGCUGCUGAAUGGACUGGUGGACUACUUCCUGGAGAGUAAUUCGGCCCAGGCCAUUCAUAUUCUCUCCUCAGUCAGAGAGCCACAUGAUAAGCACCUACUGGACAAGAUGAACGAGUGUAUGACCAAACAGGCCUGCCGGCUGCCUACCCUCACCCUGCUAGGCCAUGUGGUCCGCAAGCAGCCGUCCUGGAUCCACAAGAUCUCCCGCUACCCGCUGCUUCUCUCACUGCUUAAAUGCCUCAAGACGGAUUUAGACGUGGUGGUCCUCAUAACUGGAGUCCUGGUGUUGAUCACUCUGCUCCCCAUGAUCCCCCACGCUGGCAAACAACACCUGUAUGAGUUCUUUGACAUCUUUGGUCGCCUAGCUUCCUGGAACCUGAAGAACCCAGGGCACAUCUCCGAGGUGUAUCUCAUCCACCUACACGCCAGUAUCUACUCGCUCUUCCACCGUCUCUAUGGCAUGUACCCCUGCAACUUUGUGUCCUACCUGCGCUCCCACUACAACAUGAAGGAGAACGUGGACACCUUUGAGGAAGUGGUGAAGCCAAUGCUGGAACAUGUCCGUAUACAUCCAGAACUAGUGACUGGAACUAAAGACCAUGAGCUUGAUCCCACCAGGUGGAAAAAGUUUGAGAUUCAUGACAUCGUUAUAGAGUGUGCCAAAGUGUCUCUGGACCCCAAGGAGGCGUCGUGUGAGGAGGGCUAUGCGACCAUGCCCGGGAACUUCUACCCCCACCCGGAGCUUCGGCCACAAGAUUCCGUCUCCAGCCCCUACACAGACUUCCACAACAGCUACGGAAGCUCCUCUUCAACCCCUUUCUCUACCCCCCGCCAGCCACUGCCACCUCCCCUGUCCCUGGCCCCUCUCCCAGGGGCACAGUCCUUGUAUCGCAGCCCCCAGACCUCCAGAAGUCAGAACUCUAGCUGUGAACCUGACUCCACCUGUGGGGUAAAGGAACUUUGGAGCCCUUCCUCCCAGUGUGGCAUGGCCACUCCCCCUUCCUCUAGGGGAAUGUCACCCAACCAAGAGCUCUCCCAUAGUGCCUCUCACCUCCCAGGCCCCCGUGUCCACAGCACAUCAGGUGGCAAAGGCACGCCUGCCUCCAGCACUCCUGCCACCUCCUCCCCACCCCACACCCCCUCUGAUUUCCCUAUCCCUGCUCCCCUGCUCUCCAACACCACCAGUCCACCACAGAAGGAUGGUCACCCUGUAGAAGCAGCCAAACCCAGCCUGGUGAGGCUGGAACCAAUCGGAGAUCCUGAAAAGGGGGGAGAAGUCAUCAACAGAGAUGGUGGUGGUGAGACUGUUUCCAAGACGCUGUCAGUCUUUAUGAAGGAGCAGGAGCUUCAGCAGAGGACAGAGAAGGAGAGGGAAGAGACUGCCAUCUCAGAGGAGCUCCUGAAAAUCACGGAGGACAUGUGGGACUUGGCCGGCCUGAGGGUCUUUGACUCCCCGUUCUACCGCACCACCGAGACCCUGACAGGUACCCAGGAGAAGCCCCUACCCAACCCCCCACUGGGCGGCCCCGUGCCGCCCCAGGACCCCCACAAUGCUGUGUCGACCUCAGACAAUGCACUGGAGAAUGCCCAGGGGGCUAUUGGUGGAGGUGGGGACAGUAGUAGGGGCUUGGCCCUGGACCAGUCCUGGUCUAUUGAACCCGUGUGUCCUUUCAGCCCCAUCCAACACCCUCUCCACCAGAGCCUCUCUGCCCUGGAGGACGAGGUGGCCAAGUUCAGUGGCCUUUUCUCGCCAAGCCGCCCAAUGAAGAACCCCUCCCUGCCCUACGAGGCCCUGUUUGACCUGGCUCUGCCCCGGGCUGCAUCCCUCUUCGUUGGGAGGAGGACGUCGGAAGCCCGGGGCAGAGCUGCCCUGGAGAGGAUGUGCCAGCAGCAGGAGGGACUGGAGGACAGGGAGGAGGAGGAGGAGGGCGAGGGGAUGGUGAAUGCUUCCCCCCUGGAGGUGCUAGAUCACCUUGUUCAGCAGGGCAGCGACACCCACGACAAGGUGCUCAAGAGAUUACCUUUGCCAAGCAAGUCAGCUGACUGGACACAUUUUGGAGGCUCUGCUCCGCUGGACGAGCUGCACACGUUGCGUAGCCAGCUGCUCCUGCUGCACAGCCAGCUGCUGUACGAGCGCUACAAGAGGGAGCAGCACGCCGUCCGCAACCGACGUCUACUGCGCCGCGUCAUCAACGCCACUGCACUGGAAGAGCAGAACAACGCCAUGAAGGACCAGCUGAACCUGCAGAGUGUGGACGUGGUGACUCUGAAGGAGAGUCUGCAGGUGGAGCAGCAGCGCUGCAGACAGCUGUGGGACGACCGAGAGACCGUGGUCACCAGACUACACAGCCAGGUCCGCCAGCUACAACAGGGCCGGGACGACUACUACACCAAGAACCAGGAACUGCAGAGUCUGUUGAAUGAGUAUCAGAAGAAGAUGAAUGAGCUGGAGGCAGAUCUACAGAGAGCCAACAACAAGGUGUGUCACACAGGGCACCUUCUCAACCAGAUGACCAUCAAGCUGAGCACCAGUGAGAGCACCCAGCAGCAGAUGAGUUUCCUGAACAAGCAGCUGCUGCUCCUAGGGGAGGCCCACAAGCUGGAUGUACUGCAGCAGCAGCACACGGGAUCAGACAACACCAAGGAGGCCCAGAUGGUGCAGGCGUCCUGGGGGAAGGAGGUUGAGCGGCUGAGGCAGAGCCUGCUGCAGCAGGGCCAGAAGCUGGAGGCAGCGCAGCAGAGAGUGGGCGAGCUGGAGACUCAGCUCACCAAGAAGGAACACCUCAUCGUGGAGCAGAAGAAGUUCCUGGAGGAUGUCAAGGGCCAGGCCAAGGGCGAGCUGCAGGCGUCAGAGAGCAGGUACCAGGCCCAGAGGAGAGCGACGCAGCUCCUGCAAACGGAGCUGCUGCACCUCUAUAGCAGACUAGAGAUGGAGGGUCAUGCCUGCCUUGCCACACCCUCCGCAGCAGGGGGCAGCAGUACCGAUCCUGGUCCUCCUAUAGACUCUUGUAUCAUGGAACCAGAUGGACCUGUCACAUUGGGGACCAAUAAGUGGUCUGAUGACAGCAGACCAUAUCAGUCCCCACGGGGCAACGGCAGCACUUUAUUGCCAGGGCAACCAAAGGCGAACAACCCACCUAAAGCUCCCCCUGUCAACUCUGCCAGCAGCACCCAGGACAUCCCCCCGCCUCUCCUUGUGGAGCCCUCUUUUUCCCAUCCCCAUGCCCCCCUGGCCACCACCCCGCUGCCCCCUGACGCCGUCCCCCUCACCGUUGGCUCCUACCCCAGCGCCAACAGCUUCCUGGGCAUGAGGGCGCGGGAGCUGUUCCGGAACAAGAGCGAAAGCCAGUGUGACGAGGAGCCCCCCCACCUGGCCGGCCUUUCACAGGGCCUGAAGACUGAGCUGUGUGUGGAGCCCUUAUUUCCCCCACUGGGGAAUGCUCUGACAUGUCCUGUCUCUGCCCCUGUCCCAACCCCUACCCUUGUCCCUGCCUCUAUAGUAGGGGCCCCUCUCACUGUGCCUGCCAAGGAGCACCCACCUGAAACCAGGCAAAGGGCUAUCAAGCAGGAGAGUCCUACGAGGGAAAUGGGAGGAGCAAGGGGAGGGGCAGUGGCAGUGGCCAGCGAAGCACAACCCAGACAGCAACAGCAAUUUAGGAUCAUGGACUACAACGAAACACAACAAGAGCACAGUUAGAGACACCAAACUGCGAGAGAAGAGGUUGUCUGGAGCAAGAGCUAUAAGCAGUAGAACCGUAAGAGUUGAAGACAGAGCUCUGUUAAAUUCAGUGUUAUCCCAUUCCCUCAAGUGGACAACAGGAUUUGAACCACUGAUUGAUUUAAUCCCAGAUGUAAAGAUGGGAAUGAAGGAAGGUUUAAAUAAGAUCAUUUUACUAUCUACCAGCAGAGACCACAUUAUCUAUCUGGUCUGACUGCAGUUAUACUUAGGCAUUUUAUAUACUUAGACAGCUGGGAGUUAUUUUUUCCGGAAACAAUUUCAUAUAAAUAGAGACCCUAGUUCCAAAUUUGUUGUUUGAAGUUAUAAGAAUACGCCAUAUUGGGUUCAAAACAAGUUAGACGAGUAUAAAACACUAAGAAAAGUAUGAGAGGGCCUUUUCAUUCGUAUGUGUUAGUCUUGUAGAGUGUGAGAAAGGGAUGGUUAUGAAAGCCUGGUUUUGGUUGGCUAUUGUCUUGAGCACCUGUACUGAUGUGUGUGUGAGGGAGGUGGGUUGGGGUGGUGUGAUCCUCAAGGCUUGGGGAGUAGCUGUGCCAAGUAUGAGAUUGUCAAUGAGUCCAACUCCUCUGCUAUGCUUGGGAAGGAACGUGGGAGUUUGACUGUUUCAUUGUAGAUAAAAUAUAGGAGGCGGAUUGCUUUUUUUCCAUGCUGGUUUCAUUAUGUUCCUGACAGAAAUGACCUUUAGUAUGCGUUGAAGAAGGAGAGUGCAUGCAAGUGUAUGUUUAAGUCAUGUUGCAAUCAUUUAGAAAUGUUUUUUUUUAUGAGUAGUGACAAAUAUGAUACUUAAAGUACUUGUAACUUUCUGCAACUAAUGUUGCUGCUGAUAACCAAUUAUCCUGACUUUAAAUCAGACUUGUUAUGUUAAUUCUGACAUCAUUUGCAGUACAUCAACCUGUGUGCAGCAGUAUUUUCUGUUUGAGUUCACUAACCGAAAGUGUACAGAAAGACAGUGCCAAACAUUUACCAGAUAUAGAAUACAACCAUUUCAAAAUUACUCAUUGACCUCACCAAGUGCUCCUAUUCUAGUUCGGUAUCUGGGUGUCUCUCAAAAGGGCUGAUUGCUGUAUAAAAGGUUUGCAUGUGUCAUCCUCUUGUCAUAGCUACAGUGAGUCUGUAAAGAAAAAACAAGUCUCUGCCAAUUGAUUCUUGUUGGUCCUACUGACCAAUGACAGUCAGAAUUGCCUCUUUCUUUUGGGUUCUUCCAUGUGUUUAAAUGGUCAUAAAUCCUGUUGUCCACUGUGAACUUCAGCUGUUAUUCCCUCUGCCUUGCUAUCUAAAGCAUGUUCAACAAUCCACUUUAAUGCCAACAGUAUAGUAGUAGGGGCUACAACAAACCCAAUAUAGAAGGUACAAUCAAGCGUGGACUGAAUGGAAAGCUUGACCUGGGAUUCCUUUUGGAGCUGGAGAUUUUGAAAAAACAAAGUUCUUAAAAGCAGUUGCUUGCGUUUAACUGUGAACAAUAAAAAUCGUCUUCAAUGUUUUGCACUACA